AAGGGAAGCAAGGAAAGAUGCUGUAAUCAGUAAACUCAAAAAAGAAGUGAAAAAACUAAGAUUAAGACUCAAAGGAAAAGAUGCUGAAGUUAACCGCUUGAGAUCCAACCGAUGCUAUUGGAGGGAUCAAAUAGACAAUAGGCCCAGCACUCAUGAACUUAAAUUAGAAGAUGAAGUCAGGGAUCUGAAUGCAAAGUUAGCGAUGAUGGAGGAAACCAACAGUCCUAAUCCGACACUGACUGACAAUGGAGCAUUUUCUGUGGAUGUCCGGCGCUGUGCACUUGAGUUAGUUUCGCUUGAAGUCGCCACCGACAAAGUUGCUGCAGUUAUGAGCAGUGUUAGCCAGUGUAUCUUUGGAGUACAUCUUCCAGCCAGUCGUUUUCCGCAGCGCCAAAGUGUCCUCCGUAUUACUGAUGAAGCCCAGUUCUUGAUCAAAGUCAUGUAUUCAGAGCUCUUGACUGCAGCCUCACACUUUGGUCUCCACAAAGACGGAACAUCCCGGCAAAAGCAGAAGAUACUCGGUAACAGUGGCACCAUUGAAGGAGAGGGAGUUCGGCCUCUCGGAUACCGCCGCAUUGCAUCAGAAACUGGAGUAACCAUAACAGAAACGGCCAAGCUGGAGCUAUCUGAAGUUGCAUCAUGUGGAAAUACCACUAUCCACAGGAUUGUCAAUAAGCUGACCUAUGUGAUGUCUGACCGAACAGCGAACGAAAAAUUGUCACACCGUCAGAAACGCAGUGGAAAGAGGAUCUGA